UUUCCCGAUUAUUUGUCGGCAGUGGGCGCCACUUCCAGUGCGGCACCGGAAAACAGCGUGACCUGGGUAAAACCCGGAUCAUACAGCGUUACGUUCACUUUAUCUUAGCUUACCAAGUGAAGACAGAACGAAAAUGGAAAUUUUUAUUCCUUGCGCCUUUUUAAGUCAGUGCACGCUUAUAUGUGCCGUUUCCACAUGUCAACCUGUGUGGCUAUGCAAAUCGUAAAUAUGGUAACUUGCGUUCACUUUGAUUUCUAGUUUUUCCCGCGGAGUUUACACCAUUUAGACCACCCGAACAGUCACGUACUCCUUCCCACAACGCCGAGAAUCUGCGCGCUAUUAAACAGGUCAGAGACAUAAGAGACGGCUUUUGUUUACUUAAAACUCUUUCAACAUCCACUGUUAACAGUGCAAGUAACAUAAAAUCUACUUGCACUUGCCGCUGCGUUGAUUUACCCGAAAGAGAACAGCGAGGAGGGUUUUAAUUCCCAAACUCAUUCACACGGCUUUUUCCUUCCAAUUUUUAAGGGAUUUACAUAAUUAUAAUGCUCAAAGUUUUAUUUAUUUUUAUCACUAUUAUGUUAAUGCUCGAUGUUCAAAAAGUCUCACUAUUGUGCUCCCGUCCUUUUUACAUGGGGGUCGCUCUCACUGGGCGAUCAGUGCUCUGCCGAACGCACGUGUUAAAGUAUCCGUUUAGUAAUGUAGUCGAAUUCCACACCGAAGACAUCCGCACUUUUACUAGCGAUUCGCUGAAAAAGGAACAUAAACAAGCUAAAUAAACAGAACGGGAAACCAAACAAAAUAUAAAUAAAGCAAGCAAACAAUGACUGAAAAAUAAUGAAACUUACAAGAUGUGUGUGGCGACUACGAGACUAAAACAUAAUGGCAAGAGCAACUCGGCAAGUAAAAAACUAACGACAGAAGAAACUAUACAGACCAAUAGAAACAACAGAUGAAAAAAUGCACACGAAAAUACGGAACGUUACGUAACCGAAAAUAACUGGUGAAACUAAUUACAAUGACGAAUAUGCCCAUAAUAACUGAAAAACGGAAACAAAAUACUAAAACGCGAAAAUACAAUAACAUUAAGUAAGGCUACGUUGGUUACAAGUGGUUGCCUUGCGUUUGGCGCGGUUUGCUUGUCACAGUAUACAUGCACCGCCCUAAAGGUAAUUAAGCCCGUUCGUCCUCUCUAGCCAAUCAGAAGUCUAAAAGCUGUUGAAACAAAGAGUUAUAUUGUUCGAGGAAUUAACAGCAAAUUUAUUCAAGGCUUCUGCAGCACGACCUCAUCAUCUUAAAAGCCGUGAUUUUUGUCGGAUUCCUUCUCACCGACCUGCGUCUGUAGCUACACUGCGGAAAUUUAUUCUGUGGUGAUCGGUAAGUCCUGAGACUAAUCAACGAAACUAAAGGUUUACUGUCAAAUUGAGAAGUUUCAUCGUCUCCGGUGCAGCCGAUGUGACAUCUGGUUAAUUCGGUUCUGCAGUGAGAUUUUGUAUUGUAGUAGUUAUGAAUGAGCAUAUGGUGAACGGAUCACGUAAUGAACAACAGGAGAUAAAAUCGACCGACUCGAAAACCGGCAACACAGGUUGUGACGCCCUUGCAAGUGAAGGCCUUAGAAUUACUUUAGUGCAAAAUGGAUGGCAACAAUCUGAGGUAACACAUCAUCUCUCACCUGCUGAGAAACUUUUCAGAUUGUAUGACGGAGUACAGACAUUUGUGAUGUUUAUCGGAUACAAGCGCAGUUGUCAUAGCCUAGUGGCGGCCAUGUUGGAUGCCCACCCGGAAAUUGUUAUCUCGCCUGGGUACCCGGUGAUAGAGAAAUGGGAACAAUACCAGUCAACAAAACUUAAAGAGAAACGCAUGCAAAAAUAUCGUUUAUUUUACGAUCUUCACCAGCAUUCCUUGGAACAUGCUAUGUUCAUUAAACGUGCUAGCAGCGAAAGUUGCCUGAGGCAAGAGUCAAGGUACAACUACCAUAUUCCGGGCCUAUGGCAAGGAGGAUUUCAGCACAGAAUUAAGGUUAUCGGUGACAGGAAAGGAAAGGAUACUGCACUGGCAUUAACCGACAAGAUGAGUGUUCUAGACGAAAUCCGUGAAGUCGUCCAAGUGCCAAUCAAAUUAAUACACGUCAUCAGGAAUCCCUUUGAUAACAUAGCAACCAUGAUGCUUCAUGCUGUAGAGUCACGUGACGCUGUAAGAGGGGGUGGAUUAAAAAUAGAAAACAAGGAAGAACUGGACCGGGCCAUUGAGCGCUACUUUGAGUUAGCAGAUGCUGCGCAAUUCGUCAAGUUACACUGCAAAGAUGCAGUCAUUGAUAUUCCAGCGCACGAAAUGCUGCUAAGACCCAAAGAAACCCUGCGGAAAUUAUGUGAUCACUUGGGAGUGUCCUGCCCUAAAAAUUACGUGGAAAAAUGUCGAGAGGUUUUGAGAGCUCCUUCGGUGACGAGGGACAAGGUACUUUGGACCAAUGAACAAAUAGAGCGCGUAACAAAGAUGAUGAAAGAUUAUCACUUUCUAGAAAAAUAUUCAUUUGACGAGCUUCCUAAGUAAUGUCUUCAGCUAAUUACGACAGAGACGAAUGUGUUGGCUUCACUUUGAACAUUUGCUCUCAUUUGCACACAUGAGAAAUAAAAAUGAAACAUUUUCUCUCUAUUAGAGUCAUUUGUCGGUGACUAUUAUGCCUGGAUUUAUUGUCAAAGUAAUCUGCGGAUCCGCUCGGCUAUCGGCUCGUGGAUCCACAGCUACUUUGAAAAUGUU